UGACCGGAAGCGGAACGGCCACCAUUUUGUCUCGGGCGAUGGCGACCGCGGCGUUGUGGGGGUGGGGGGUUUAGUGGCCGGGCUGACUCGCUUCGUUCGCUGUUAGCGCGCUCCCGGCCUUCCCCUCGCACCCUCCCGUGAUGUUCGGAGGCGCUGGCGGGCCGCGCCGGACUGUGGAGGAGGCAGGGCCGCCGCCGCUGAUGUUGUUGUCCGGCGGGGGCGCGGCCCCGGGACCCCCCGGAGGAGGCGGUGGGGGCAGCCGCGUGGAGCUGCUGGUGUUCGGCUAUGCCUGCAAGCUGUUCCGGGACGACGAGAAGGCCCAGUACCAGGAGCAGGGCCGGCACCUCAUCCCCUGGAUGGGAGACCCCAAGAUCAUGAUCGAUAGGUAUGAUGGACGUGGUCACCUCCAUGACCUCUCCGAAUAUGAUGCUGAAUAUUCCACAUGGAACAGAGAUUAUCAAUUGUCUGAAGAGGAGGCUAGAAUAGAUGCUCUCUGUGAUGAAGAGAGGUAUUUAGCCUUGCAUACGGACUUGCUUGAGGAGGAGGCGAGGCAAGAGGAAGAAUAUAAGAGACUGAGUGAAGCUUUAGCAGAAGAUGGUACCUAUAACGCCGUGGGAUUCAGUUAUGGCAGUGAUUAUUAUGAUCCUUCAGAACCCACGGAGGAGGAAGAGCAGCAGGCCUCCAGAGAAAGAGAAGCAGCUCAGGCAGAAAAUGUUGAAGAAAAUGAAGAACCUUUCAUUGCUCCCUUGGGACUGAGCGUACCUCCUGAUGUAGAACUGCCACCAACUGCAAAAAUGCAUGCAAUUAUAGAGCGUACUGCUAAUUUUGUGUGCAAGCAGGGAGUUCAGUUUGAGAUUAUGCUGAAAGCCAAGCAAGCCCGCAAUUCUCAGUUUGACUUCUUGCGAUUCGAUCACUACCUCAACCCCUAUUACAAACUCAUUCAGAAGGCUAUGAAGGAGGGACGAUAUGCUGCUCCUUCCGAAAACAAAAUGGAAGAAAAAAAGAAUUCAAAAGUUAAUUCUGAUGAAGAGGAUGAUGAUGAGGAUGAUGAAGAUGGCAACUACCUGCAUCCGAGUCUCUUUGCCUCAAAAAAGUGCAAUAGACUCGAAGAGCUUAUGAAGCCUUUGAAAGUGGUGGAUCCUGAUCAUCCACUUGCAGCACUUGUCCGCAAAGCUCAGUCUGACAAUAACUCAUCUACCCCACAAUCAGCAGAUGGUGCAGCCAUACAGACAUCACAAGUGGACUAUCCUGCAGAUUCAACAGUGGCAGCCAUGUAUUACAGUUACUAUAUGCUACCUGAUGGAACCUAUUGCCUGGCACCUCCGCCACCAGGAAUAGAUGUUGCCACCUAUUACAGUGCACUGCCUGCAGGGAUGACUGUGUCAAGCUCUACAGGAGUAACAUCAGUGCCUCCACCUCCUGGUACUACGCCUCCACCUCCCCCAGAUACAACUGAUUCCAGUAGUGGGUUGACAUCUACUACACCUGCUGCAAGCACUAUUGCGCCAGUGGUUGCCAUUAUCCCCCCACCUCCAGAUAUCCAACCUGUUAUUGACAAGCUGGCUGAAUAUGUUGCUAGGAAUGGAAUUAAGUUUGAAACCAGUGUUCGUGCCAAGAAUGAUCUGAGGUUUGAGUUCCUGCAACCAUGGCACCAAUAUAAUCCCUACUAUGAAUUUAAGAAACAAUUCUUCCUUCAAAAAGAGAACAGUGACAACUCUCAGGGUGCAUCUUUACCAGAAGAUGUUCCAGCAGAUACUGCUUCUGACACACAGGGUGAAACUCAGUUUCUGGAUGAUGACACUUCUGAAGAUGCAUCUGAGAUGAGUGCUCCGGGAAUUAUAAAGGAUUCGCCUGUCAAUAAAACUAUCAGCGAUGGUAAAUUGGUGAAAGCAUCAUUUGCUCCAAUAAGCUUUGCAAUCAAGGCCAAAGAAAAUGACCUCCUUCCCUUGGAGAAAAACCGUGUUAAACUAGAUGAUGACAGUGAUGAGGAGGAGGAAGAGGGCAAGGAAGGCCAAGAGAAUGCUAACAACUCUUCAAAUAAUAAUCCAACACUCGCCACUCCCUGUACUGCUGCUGAAGAGAAAAAACCUCAGCUUACCCAAGAGGAGUUGGAAGCCAAACAAGCAAAGCAAAAACUAGAGGACAGACUGGCAGCUGCAGCAAGAGAGAAGCUAGCACAGGCCUCCAAGGAAUCAAAAGAAAAGCAGCUUCAAGCGGAACGCAAACGGAAAGCUGCAUUGUUCUUGCAGACCCUGAAGAAUCCUCUGGCAGAAGCAGAAGUUGAGAAAAUUGAGGAGAAUUCCUUUAAUAUGGAGAAAUGCCAAGAGGGGAAGUGUCAUCAACCAGGGAAAAGAGUCAGAAGGCUCUGCCAUGAGUACUGUAGCAAGGCUGUCAGUAACAUGCCAUAUCCUUUAUUGACUGGAGUCAGAACUUUACCCACCGUAGAAGUGAAAUCAUCAGAAAGGCCUUCAAGCCAAAACAAAGAUCCUCCCAAAGAUGAAGAAAAGGAAAAGAAAAAAAAGAAACACAAGAAAAGAUCUCGGACAAGAUCUCGGUCACCUUCCAAAUAUCAUUCGUCGUCUAAGACCAGGUCUAGAUCACAUUCAAAAGCAAAGCAUUCACUUCCCACUGCCUAUAGAACUGUCAGGCACUCAAGCUAUUUCUACAGGUGUUUUUAUUAAUUUCAAAGAGGAGCCUGGACACCUGUAAAAUAGCUGGGAACAAAGGUGGGGAGCCAGCUGGGAGGGGGAUCUGCAGCUACAUCGGCAGAGGAAGAAGUAUGAGCUGUCCUCCGUGACCAGGGCCACCAGCAGGACAAACUGCAAGCAAGAGUGUCAGGAGCUACCAAUGGCUCUGCAGCUAGUACUGGGAUAGAGAAGUAGAGCAGAAGGGAAUAAGGAAACAAGGUGUCAUGUCUAGAUAAGCAAUGGAAAAGAGAGGAACAGGUGGUUGAGCAACACACUCAGGAGAGUAGAGAACGAAACUAAGCAGUUGGGCAGGGGAUCAGCGAGAGAGAGAAACAGAUUAGACUGGAAAGGGAGCCAAAAAAACUGUGUAACUAACUUGGUUAAAAAAGCCCGUUACAGUCAGUUAAAAAUACAGAACUACAUUCCUGUUAUAUUACCACAUAAGCAAAUAUUGCAGUCAACACAGGAAAGUUGCAUGAUUGCAAAUGGGAGAGGCGGUGUCCAUGAGACACUUGAGAUGUGGUCCACACUGUGAAAAAGUCCCCAAACCCUUUUAGUACCUUAGAGUUCUUUGGGUGAUUUUCCACGCAGAUUCCACUCUUAGUGCUCAUGUGUCCUAUGCACUUCAUCGGAUUCUCUUGGCUAGCUGUGUACCUUGGGGGAUGCUUGCAUCCUAGGUGCCCUGAUGCCAUGCCCUCUCAACUCACUCGUCUGAGGGCAUAAAGGGCAGAGCAGGCCCAACAACCUCUCAGGCCCUUCUUUACUGCCUGUGGCUGUGAGGUGGAACUCCUGGCAUCAUUGCUCACUCUGCAGUUCACCUUAGAUUUAGGAUAGUGUUAGUGUAGUUAAGUUUCCGUUGCUUGUUGACAUGUAUAUAAAACCCUGAAUUUGACCUCUUUCAGUCACUUAAGUUUCAUUUUGUUGAGGACAGUUCCCCUGCACCCUAUAUAGCGGUGCUAUGACUACGGCAGAGGCUAAAUCACUAGGGUAUUAAACAUGUCUGUCAGACAUGUCCCCCAUCUAACUCUGCUGGGCCAGUCAACAGUGGACAUCUUGGUGCCUGAUAUGCCUUGGGGAAGGGCACAUUCUGGAACAUUGUUCCAUGUAUCAUUUCUUCUCCAGGUGUAUCCAGAGAGUGAGGGAGUUGAGAAUAAAACUUCUCCUUGUGGAGAAGUCAGUGCAGAUCUUCUCAGACUCUGAGAAGUCUUGGGAGAAGCCUCAAUCUGUGGAUUGGUCAGUGUCCUGGUGAGCCAUGACUCCAUUCUGAACUCACAGGCCACUUCUUAGCCCUUAUUCAUCCCCCACUACAUCAGCAAUGACAUUCAGUAGAGGCAAGAAGUGACAAGCCAAAGUACAGGUUGCCUUUCUCAGGACCUAGCAGGAGGCACAUGAGUCGUCCGGACUUGGCCCCAGGCUCAGUCAAGAGUCAUAAGUAAGAGAAUACCUUUGCCAAUAAGUCAGUACUGACAUCUAUGGCAGCUCACGUGAUACUGUUUAAAGCUAAAGACUGCACUGCCUCCAGCACUGGCCCCUCAGCACAGACUUCGGUACCCAGCAUGUCCUCAUUGACUCCCACAUUCUUGGUGGUGACUGUACCCAGUACAUCAGUACAGACUAUCUCCUUGGGACCUGAGGCAUUAGUAUCAACUUAUUUGGCACUGAAGCAAUAUAAGCUGCCAAGUGAUGUGUUGGUUGGCUCAGUUCUGGAGUUCCAGAAAGAUUUGGGGAGGUUAUUACAAACCUGCCUACUGUAGACUAGUUUCCAACCUGGCCAGUGAAGUGUUCAGAUAGGACUGCCCCUUCCUUAGAGGAGAUAUGUUCCUUCUCCUCCUUCCAUGAACAUAGCAAUGAAAUAUCCCCUACCUAUCCUUCAUCUCCUCCCAAGUAGCUCAAUGGGAAUCAGGGAGAGAAUCCAGAAAACAAUAAGGGGAGCUAGGAAGAGCACUCCACUUAGCAUCCUUCACUGUGCCACUAUCCCCUGCUUUCUGGGGUUUUCAACCCUACUGUAGAAAGCUAGUGUCUUCCACUGUGUUUAGAGAAUGGUCGUCUCACUGAAGAAGCAAAUUUAGCCUCCAUAGGCAACUCCAUCCAUGGCUGCUGCAGAGUCAAGAGGAGAGUGGAAAAAAACAGCAAUCUCCUGAGCAGAAUCAUCAUUAUACAAGAGAAGGAGCAUAAAUGCUUUGAUGAUCUCUGAUGUGCAACUCCAGAGAGAUUGGCCAUGCCAUUCGAUCUGUUGGAACCCACCAAAUCAGUUUGGCCCAAAGCAAAGAUGGAUGCUGCUAUCUCAAAAAAGCACAGAGAAAAUGUUGGAUUCCUGCUAAGGGGUUUGAAUACUUGUACCAAAUAUCCUAUAUCUGGCUCUCUGCAGGUAGAAGCUUACCGGAGAGGAUAAAAGAACUAGUCUACAGCUCGUGAGACAGACCCCAAAAAGCUAGGAUUUUCUGGUCAAAAAGGUGUAUUUGUCUGCGAACCUAUAAAGGAGGGAAGAAGACUGCCAUUUGAUACCCUCAAAAUAUGAUUUUUUGAAUUGGUACAAACUGUCCAAUGUGGUGGAUAAAUUAUCCAAUGAGCACCAACUGAAAUCUCUUCUGACUGAGGGCUGCCUAACUGCCAGAACAUCUCUGCAGACUGUGCUGGAUGUGUCUGUCACUCAUAUGAACAAAGGCCACUGCAGCUGCUAUGAGGAGAUUGUCAGGGCUCAAGUCAUCAAGACCUCUUCAUUUGAGGGCAACAGUCUUUUUAACAGUGGCACUGGUGAGGCGCUCAAAGAUUUCAGGGCAGCUUUGUGCAACUUGGGGUUCUGUCUCUGCUCCAGAAAGAAAGCUACCAAGACAAGCCAUGCUUCAGGCAGCGUUCUUUGACACAGGUGAGGCGCUCAAAGAUUUCAGGGCAGCUUUGUGCAACUUGGGGUUCUGUCUCUGCUCCAAAAAGAAAGCUACCAAGACAAGCCAUGCUUCAGGCAGCGUUCUUUGACACAGUUAUCACUAGGAUCCUCACAGCCUCGAAGGAAGAGGCAGAAAUUAAAGUGGAGGCAACCCUCUGCUCUCCUCAGCUGCUCCACAGUUUGGGGCUUCAAAUAGGCCGAAGAGUCAAUGCUAUUGUUAGGAGCCUGCUUGGACCAGCAUGGGAUCUGUUUUCUUUUUUUAACCUCUCACAAGAAACUCCCUUACCUUCCCCCCACCCCCACAAGAAGCAAGAGGUAAACUGCCUCUUACAACUGGGAACAAUGUAGGAGGAUCCCCUUGGAGUUCAAUGUGUUAAAAUUCAAUUUAGAUUAUUGAUGAGAUGUCAGAUAAUCCAGGCCCAAUCAAUUUAUUAAUCAAAGUUUAUUAGUCAAAGGUUAAUCAGCAUGAUAAAGAAAAGCAAAUACAAUACUGAUCUGGGGAAGCAGUCCUGCUGCCUGGUCUAUUUCCAACUAGUGUUCAGAAAUUUAUCCUUGUAUAUAACAUAUAUGUCUACGAAAGAGACAGAAUUCCAUUCUCAUGCUCUGUUGAGCCAUGGAAUUCCCUUCAUGGCCUGUUAAUUUACAUAAUAUAUAAGCUAAAGACAUUCAUCACAGAAGGGAUCUGUAACAAUAAGUAUUCCCUUUCUUGGUUUUCUGGACAUCUGGACACAAUUUUCUAAGUGUCAACAGGUCAAAGCAAGAGGAUGCACAAUCUGUCAGUCAACAACAACACUAAGAUUUAGAUGCAAAGCAUUGUGGGACUUCGGUUAAUCUAUAAAGGCCUCUGGGAGUCUGAUUCAUCUGCUAACAAGGAGCAAUGGCUUUUAUUCCCACUACCUCUUACUCUCAAAGAAGAACAAGGCUUGUGAAGGCUCAUCCUCAACAUCUCAAUACCUUCAUCUGCAAUUUUCAAAUUUAGAAUGGUGAUUUAUUUCUGACUUUUUUUUAUAAAUUCCUUCAUUAGAUCCUAUGGACUGAUUCCCACAGUUCUUGACCACCAAGGUGCCUAGUUUCCAUACCACCAUAUAUCCAGCUCACAGGAAGUAACAAAUUCCUUCUAGGAACAUCCUACUGCUAAUAGAGUUCUGCCCUUCAUCCUCUUUACCUUGCCAAGUUUUUAUCACAUACCUUUUGUUUGUGGCAAGUCAUCCAAGGAGACAGGGAAUCCAGCAAUACUCUUACCUAGAUGACUGUCUAAUUCAAGGGUGAUCACUACAGGUAAUUGAUUCAGUCCAGACAGUCCUGAAAAUUUUCACCUUUGUAGGUCUCAGUAUAAACAGGGAGAAAUUCUCUGACACCAUAGCACUAACAGAAGAUCAGUGAAAUCCUGCCUUCAAAGUGCUGGUGGACAACUCUGCAGCAAUGCACUGUAUCAACAGGCAAGGGGCAACAUGAUCAUCCCUACCGUGUCAAUAUGCUGUAUGCGUGUUGGAGUGGUGCAUUCAGCACCAGAUAAUGCCAGUAGCUCUGCACCUUCUGGGUCUUCAAAUACUCUAGCAGACCCGCUUAGCAGGGACUUUUCCAAGAAAUAAAAAUGGUCUGUCAAGGAGUCAGUUCUGCACAGUGUCUUUUGCAGGUAGUAGAUCUGUUCGCAACAAACCACAAGAAGUGUCAGAAUUUCUGCUUCAGAGGAGGCACAAGUCCCAAGUUCCCUGUCAGAUGGCGGCUUCAUUUCUUAAUCCCCGAGGAUAAUAUGCCUUUCACCAAACCUCAUGAUAUCAAGUUCCGUGAAGAAAUUGAGGCAGAACGCAGGAUGCGUAAUCAUAGUAGCCUCAGCAUGGGCCAAGCAGUUCUUCAGGUUCAGAUUAGGUGACUGUCAGCACAACCAUCUUACCUGUUCUAUUCAGGUCUCCUAGAACAAUGGUUAGAUCCUGCACCCACACCCAGCAUCCUGGCACUAGACAGCCUGGAUGCUGGUUGAAUGAAUCCCAUAAAUAGGACCCUACCAUAUUCAUGGCUGUGAAAAAUGUGUAAUGGACCGUGAAAUUUGAUCUCUUGUGUACUUUUAUCCUAUAUUAUAGUGUAAAAGUAUACAAAAGUACACAGUGUUUCUCAAACUGGGGGUCCUGAUCCAAAAAGGCUGUUGCAAGACUAUUAUAGAAGGGGGUCACGGUAUUGCCACCCAUACGUCUGUGCUGCUGGCAGCAGCGCUGCCAUUAAAGCUGGGCACCCAGCCAGCAGCUGUGCAGAAGUAAGGCUAGCCUUGCAACCCCCCUUUGGGGUUUGUAUUUUACCGUUUUUAAAUACACGCUCAUGUUUUGUUACAACACCGUGAAAUUUAAGAUUUAAAUAUCUGAAACUGUGUAAUUCAAGAUUUUUUAAAUGCUGUGACCGUGAAAUUCAUGAAAAUUGACACUGAAUUUGGUAGGACCCUACCUAUAAAGCAAAGCUAUUUUGCUGCAGUUCAGAACAUUGUGCUCCAGAGCAGGAAACCUUCAACUAGACUUAUUUGCAGAGCUAAAUGGAGAAGGUUUUCUAUUUGGGCAUCUCAGCACCAGUUUUCUGCCCUCACAACAUCCGUGUCAGUUUUGGACUUUCACCUUGAAGCAGUCUGGACUCCAUCCAUUAAUAAGAAUCCAUCUGGCAGCAGUAUCAUCUCUCUAUUAAGGGCCACACUGUAUCUUCCCACAUUACAGUGACAAAAUUCCUGAAGCAGCUCAUAUGUCUUUCCCCCAGUUCAAGAGCCCCAUAUCCUUGGAACCCAAGGCUGAUGGGUUGUGCACUCCCUCCCUACCCUCUCAAUUGUAGCCAGGGUAAGGAAGUAAAGCUGGGAGACUCAGACUGUUAUGCCAGGUCCUCCAUAUACAUUUCAUAAAGAGAUGGUUACUCUUAGACCUUACCCUAAGUUUCUCCCCACGGUGGUCUUGGAAUUCCACGUAAAUGAGUUCUUUCAUCUUCUGGUAUUCUUUCCUCAGUCUCUCCCUACCCUGUGUGAAGCUUGAUGUAGUGACAACAUUAUCUUUUUAUUCAGAUAGUAUUAAGAAAUUUAGGAACACCCAUAAACUUUGUGUUGCAUUUGCUGAUGGGCCCAGGGCAACCUAUAUCCUCGGCUGUUAUCCUAGUGGGUCUCAGACUGUAUAAGAACUUACUACAAGUUAACCAGGAAAGAGCCAUCAGCCAUAUUAGAGCUCAUUCCACAAGGGCUCAGACUUAGGUGCCUGUUUGGGUAAUAUACCCAUACCUGAGGUGUAUAGAACAGAAGAAUGGAACUUGAUCCACACAUUUACUAUGCAUUCCCUAGUACAGGCCUCCAAACUGGUUGCCAAUUUUAGUAGAUCAGUCCUGCAUUGGCCUUUAGGCUGGACUCUAAAUACCCACUGCCAAGCAAGUAGACAACUACUUGUUAGUCAUCAACAGUGGAAUCUGUGUAGACAAUCACUUGAAGAAAAAAGAACAGUUACUUAUCCUACAGUAACUGAUUCUUCAAAAUGUGUUGCCCACACGGGUCCCCUGGCUCACCAUCCUUCCCUGCUAAUGUGGAGACCUACUCCUGUAGGAAACAGUAUUGGCAAAGGAACUGUGGCAGUUGGCCCCACUUCAUCCCUUGUAUCUUUGGGACAGAGUGUACAGAUGCAGCCCCAGUGAACAUAGAAGAAUCUGAUCUCAAGUGAAUGGGUCUCAAAACAGUGUUUUGCUGUCUCACAUGUAUUUUCUAAUGUUGAUCGUAGGGUUUUACAUGUUUGCUAUGUACCUAUUUAAACGCACAUAUGAGUGUACAUAACUUCAGCUUUCCUCAUGCAACUCUGAACAGGCCUUGGCUUGCUUUCCUUGUCACUUUCAGGCUAAUGUAAGCAUAAGGUUUAUUUUUCCAGGCUCGCUUGCUUACAAAGAGGAAUUCAUUUAUCUUUACAGAGUAUUUAGUAAGAAGAUAUUUAAAAAAAAAAAAUCUUCUGGGUACAGUGUCUUCCCUUUCUUUGCCAAGUUCUAGACAGAAAAGGAUUAAUUGAAAGACAAGAAUCCUUUAAGUAGGCAUUGCUGGUUUGUUUUCGUUUAAGUUUAGAACCAACUGACAUCAAAAUUUUAUAAAUCUUGUUGAAUAUGCUUGGUACUUGUCACCUUCAUAAAAUCUUUUUUGUAAAAAUAGCUCCCAUAACAUGUGGAUAGGCUUUGCAUGCAUGUCACUGCAAUGUUGAAACAAAACAUUUCAACCGUAACCAUAAUUGCGUGUUUAUAGAUGCUGUGAUCCCAAUAUGUUGGGAAGACAAUGAUUUAGAUACACAACAAAAAGAGGGAAGUGCCUACUUUAGGUCUUUGUACCCUUGACGUAACUGUAAAAGUACACUGACAAAAAUAACAGCUCCCUAGAACAGAAUAACCAGUCAGAAAUGGCAAUCCAAUCCAGACCUAUCAAAUUGCCCUGAUGUUCAUCACUCCCCAGAAAUCUGGGUAAAAACCAAGGGUUUUGUGUCACGUUGGAAUGCUUGUGGCUACAAUUUUACAGUAUCAGGACAAUGGCAAAUUGUUUCAAUGCAAGCCUGUAAAGAUAAUGAUGACAUGACCACACUGGUAAAACAAUUUAGCUGAAAGUUUCUCAAGACAAUAUUACAAUGGACAAUAUUACAAAAUGAUUUCAGCGUAAGUUUAUGGAGACGUUCCUGUGUCAAAAUGUUAAAUAUGAGCUUUGACACCAGUGUGAAAUGAAAAAAAAUUAAAUUGAAGUAACUCACGGUCUGUAACCUAAUACUAAAGCAAGUUUAACACCUUUGCAAUUGAAUUGGUAGAUAAGUCGGAAUCAUUUCAAUAGAGCUGUUAAAGCAUUGCAUUGUCAUGUCGCAUACAAAAUGUGGCUUCUCGCACAUCUUUCUUGUUUUGUAUGCCUAGAGUCAGACAUUGCAAUAAGCAUGUUGCUCAGUCUUUAGAUUCCCACAAGACCCAGUGUUAUGACUUCCUACCAUACCAUACCUUAUUUAGAUGUAGAGACUAAUUAGAAGUAUAUUGUUUCCCACUUGUAAUCCAUUACUCAAAACUAUUUGUAAAGAUUGAUCUAUGAUGAGUAGCCCCACUCAGUGACCUGGGAUAAAGGGCUAUCAUAUAAUGCCUGGACACUGGUAUUAAAUUACAUAAAUUCUACCAGCCUUAGGCUGUGUCUACGCUAGCAGAUUUGUCAGCAAAACUUUUAUUGGUCAGAGAUGUGAAAAAAACACACCCCGACCGACACAAGUUUCACUGACAAAAGUGCUGGUGUGGACAGUGCUAUGUCAGUGGCAGAUACUCUCCCACCAACUUACCUACCGCCGCUCGUUGGGGGUGGUUUAAUUAUGCUGGUGGGAGAACUCUCUCCCUCCAGCAUAGAUCCGCCACACAGGAGACCUUACAGUGGCACAGCUGCAGCGGCACAGAUGUGCUGCUGUAAGGUCCGUAGUGUAGCCAUACCCUCAGUUGCUUUAUUUGUCCGUGUCAACCUUAAAACUAUUUUAAACAGGUGUGUUAUGCUUUUGUAAUCUCAUUUUGUGCUGUGCAGGCAGCAGUUCCUAACCUUCAGAUUUUAACAGCAGUUGUCAGUGAUUACUUUGCACAUGGAGCAGAUUAGAAUGAUAGUAAUUACGGAGAGAGAGACUUCCUGUUUAACUUUUUUUUUUUAAGUUUGACUUAUGAGCCUGUUCAACAAAGCACUCCAGAAUACGGAUAUCUUUUCAGAAUUACCAAAAUUUCAUAGCUUUUUGACAGACCAGCACAUUAAACUUGAUGUAUCUACACAGGAGAGAUUUGUGUCUUGGGUCUGAAGCUGUUUAAAUUAGUAGUUUAAAUUAAUUGUGACAGCCAAAAGAGAAGCUGUACUUUUUCCAAAAUUUCUGAUUAGGAUAUGUUUUAAUUGGACAGUAAUGAACUCUAUGUUGUGAAAUGUGUAAACAAAUAAUGACCUAUUGGCACACAUUUCACUUCAUUUGGAAAACUAUUUGUUCUUUUCAAAUGUUAAAGAAUGUGUGUAUAAGUGUUGAUUUGACUUUCCAUGUACCUUGAUAUUUGAAUUACAGGCUCCUGGGUUGCUAUUGCUUAUGUAGUUGUAAAAAUACAUCGGG